GACUUUGCUCGCCGGCCUUUUCUCUGUAAAACAUUGGGGAAACGAUCAAAGCUGGGAAUGGCCCAGGGAAGAGAUCAGUCAUUCGCCAGCCGCCUUUUCCACAGGUGUCGUAAAACUAGCCAGGAGCUGAGAGGACAGGAGAACGAGGCGCCUCGCGUCUCGGACUUCACCGUGGCGUGGGAUCGGCUCAUGAAAGAGUUCUUAGCUAAAGCCAAAGAAGAUUUUUUAAGAAAAUGGGAGUGUCCACCACAGAGCACGACGUGCCUGGACGACUUCGACAGGUUCAAGACUCUGGGGACCGGCUCAUUUGGCCGAGUGUUGCUGGUCAAGCAUAAAGGAACAAACCAGUUCCACGCCAUGAAAGUCUUGGACAAACAAAAAGUGGUGAAGUUGAAGCAGAUCGAACACACGCUGAAUGAAAAGAGAAUACUGCAGGCCGUCUCCUUCCCCUUCCUGGUCAGGUUGGAGUACUCCUUCAAGGACAACUCCAACCUCUACAUGGUCAUGGAGUACGUGCCUGGCGGAGAGAUGUUCUCGCACCUCAGACGCAUUGGAAGGUUCAGCGAACACCACGCACGAUUUUAUGCAGCUCAGAUCGUGCUCACCUUCGAGUACCUCCACUCUUUGGACCUCAUCUACAGAGACCUGAAGCCUGAAAACCUGCUCAUAGACCAGCGUGGCUACAUUCAGGUCACAGACUUCGGCUUUGCUAAAAGGGUAAAAGGCAGGACCUGGACAUUGUGUGGGACUCCUGAGUACCUGGCUCCAGAGAUCAUCCUCAGCAAGGGCUACAACAAAGCUGUGGACUGGUGGGCACUCGGAGUCCUCAUCUAUGAGAUGGCUGCUGGUUACCCUCCGUUCUUUGCUGAUCAGCCCAUACAGAUCUACGAGAAGAUCGUUUCUGGCAAGGUACGAUUCCCCUCCCACUUCACCUCCGACCUGAAGGAUCUGCUGAGAAACCUCCUACAGGUGGACUUGACCAAGAGGUUUGGGAAUCUAAAAAAUGGCGUAAACGACAUCAAAAAUCACAAGUGGUUCUCCACAACGGACUGGAUAGCCAUCUAUGAGAGGAAGGUUGAAGCCCCCUUCUUACCCAAGUGCAGAGGACCGGGAGACACAAGCAACUUUGACGACUACGAAGAGGAGGACAUUCGUGUCUCGCAGACAGAAAAGUGUGCGAAGGAGUUUGCUGACUUCUAGCGAGUUCCAGCAGGGCCUCUCCUGGGAGUGAAGGUGGAACUGUCAUGUGUCCAAAACAAAUGCUCUGUUCUUUUGUUGCACAAGUGAAGGAGCUCCUUAGCCGGCCCACACACACCACCAACUUAUCCUCUUCCCUCCCCUAUUUUCUCCACCUGUUUUUUAAAUAACAUUCGCGUUCCAACCGAGGCCCGUCCUUGAAGAUAGUAGCAUUGCACUUCCGUCUUGUUUUCUCCGCUCCGUCAAUCAACGUCCUGGUGGUUUGUCCAAAACAGUUGUGGCUAGCAGCGUGGUUUGUCCAUUCAAUUUGAAAAUGUUGAACCUGUGUUUGGAUUCCGGGUGGUCAGAGAUACUCAGCACCACCACGUCAUUGUUGUCCGCACUCAGUCGUAUCCUUCACUAAAUGACGCAUCAUUACAUAUAAACAUAGGCCUGAAGUACACUGGAGUCACCUUUUGCUCAAAGUCACCUCAGCAGUGCCUGCUGGUGCAAAAUACACUAUAUUGCCAAAAGUAUUUGACCACCUGCCUUGACUCACAUAUGAACUUGAAGUGCCAUCCCAUUCAAUAUGACCUUUUGCAGCUAUUACAGCUUCAACUCUUCUGGGAAGGCUGUCCACAAGGUUGCGGGGUGUCUUUAUAGCAAUUUUCCACCAUUCUUCCAAAAGCGCAUUGGUGAGGUCACACACUGAUGUUGGUGGAGAAGGCCUGGCUCUCAGUCUCCGUUCUAAUUCAUCCCAAAGGUGUUCUAUCGGGUUCAGGUCAGGACUCUGUGCAGGCCAGUCAAGUUCAUCCCCUUGCUUUGUGCACAGUCAUGUUGGAAGAGGAAGGGGCCCGCUCCAAACUGUUCCCACAAGGUUGGGAGAAUGAAAUUGUCCAAAAUGUUUUGGUAUCCUGGAGCAUUCAAAGUUCCUUUCACUGGAACUAAGGGGCCAAGCCCAACUCCUGAAAAACAACCCCGCACCAUAAUUCCUCCUCCACCUGUGGCCGGGCCAAGUGAUUAGAACACCUGAUUCUGAUCAUUUGGAUGGGUGGCCAAAUACUUCUGGCAAUAUAGUGUAUGUCUAGUCAGUGAUGGAGAUUCUAAAGCCCCAUGACUUAUUUACAAACUUCAUUGGUUCCUGGACAGGGUUCAUAAAUGGAAAAGUUCCCAGAGUGAAGUAAAUCUCUCUGUAAGAAACAAUGUAAACAUGAAUAAUGUCUUGACAAAAGUGGGUUGUUUAGUGGAGAUUAGUACUUUCAAACAGUGCUCUACUGUAUAUCAAACAAACAUAAGCGGGUGAUGGAUUCACUUUCUAUUUAUCAACAAGCUACAACAACGACAAGCUGAACUGUUCUGUAUGCGCCCUUUAGUGCCCUCACAAAAGACCAGAAAUCACAGAAACCUUGAACUUUAACAACCAUUUUGCUGCAAUAGUAAACAUUUGGAAAAAGUCAAAUCCACUCUCAUGAGCUGCUCCUCACGAGAGGACACCGAGGGAGAGAAUGAGUCAUGUUUCCAUUGAUUCUUAUGGGGAACUCUGCUUCACUGUCUGCAAACCACGUUGAAGAACCAAAUUGGGUCCGUAGAUGGAGGUUCCUCUGUACGUAUUUGGUUUUGGUGCGGCAAGAAGCCAUCAUUUUUUUACAAUCCCAAAGUCCUUUGCUGUCCCUCACCUUCAUUGAAAUUGGUGAGAAUUCCAGCCUUGUAUCAAGAAGACUAACUGGGAUACCUUGAGGCUAGCUCGGGAGUGGGAUUUUUUAAGUGACACCAGGAAAUGAGUGGCAGCUUGAAGUAAGAGCUAAAGAUCCGGGUGCUGCUGUGCUCAGUAAUGCCCGUUUCAAACUGUGGCUCUUCUCCAAACCAGUGAGGCCACCAAGCUGUCCGUGGACUUGGACUGUGAAUGCAGUGUGCUUCCCUUAUCGUUUGUGCCUUGAUCUGUGCCCACCAUUCUAAGAAAGUGACAAACGCAACUAUGACAUUCACAAAUUCUCAUUUCAGAGUUCGGGGGGAAAUUGUUUGCAAGAUCACCGUUCAGUCACUUCUCCUUUUGCCCUGUACACGUCUGACCAGACAAGGAUUCAAAUGUCUCAUGAAGUAUCAACGUGCUGAUCACAGAAAAAAUCCAGACUUUUUGACAGAAAAAAUCCCGAUUUUUUUGACAGAAAAAAUCCAGAUUUUUUUGACAGAAAAAAUCCAGAUUUUUUUGACAGAAAAAAUCCAGAUUUUUUUGACAGAAAAAAUCCAGAUUUUUUUUGACAGAAAAAAUCCAGAUUUUUUUUGACAGAAAAAAUCCCAAUGUUUUUUUACGGAAAAAUACAGAUUUUGUGACAGAAAAAAUCCCAAUUUUUUUGACAGAAAAUAUCCUGAUUUUUGAUGGGAAAAAAUCCCGAUUUGUUGACAGAAAAAAUCCAGACUUGUUGACAGAAAAAAUCCCAAUUUGUUGACAGAAAAAAAAUCCUGAGUUUUUGACAGAAAAAAAUCCAGACUUUGUGACAAAAAAUAAAUAAAAAUUUUACAGAAAAAAUAGACGUUUUGACAGAAAAAAUCCCAAUGUUUGACAGAAAAAAAUCCUGAUUUUUUGAUGGGAAAAAAAUCCCGAUUUGUUGACAGAAAAAAUCCAGACUUGUUGACAGAAAAAAAUCCCAAUUUGUUGACAGAAAAAAAUCUACUUUGUGACAAAAAAUAAAUAAAAAUUUGACAGAAAAAAUAGACGUUUUGACAGAAAAAAUCCUGAUUUUUUGAUGGAAAAAAAUCCCGAUUUGUUGAUAGAAAAAAUCCAGACUUGUUGACAGAAAAAAAUCCCAAUUUGUUGACAGAAAAAAAUCCUGAGUUUUUGACAGAAAAAAAUCCAGACUUUGUGACAAAAAAGAAAUAAAAAUUUGACAGAAAAAAUAGACGUUUUGACAGAAAAAAACCCCAAUGUUUUUUACGGAAAAAUACAGAUUUUGUGACAGAAAAAAUCCCAAUUUUUUUGACAGAAAAAAUCCUGAUUUUUUGACGGAAAAAAAUCCAGAUUUGUUGACAGAAAAAAUCCAGACUUGUUGACAGAAAAAAUCCCAAUUUGUUGACAGAAAAAAUUCUUGAGUUUUUGACAGAAAAAAAUCCAGACUUUGUGACAAAAAUAAAUAACAAUUUGACAGAAAAAAUAGACGUUUUGACAGAAAAAAUCCCGAUUUUUUUGAUAGAAAAAAAUAGACGUUUUGAGAGACAAAAUCCAGAUUUGUUGACAGAAAAAAUCCGAUUUAUUGACAGAAAAAUUCCCGAUUUCUCAACAGAAAAAAUCCAGAUUUUUUAACAGAAAAAAUUAAGACUUUGUGACAGAAAAAAUCCCGAUUUUGUGACAGAAAAAAUCCAGACUUUGUAACAAAAAAAUAAAUAAUUUUGACAGAAAAAAUCCUGAUUUUGUGACAGAAAAAAUCCAGACAUUGUGACAGAAAAAAUCCCAAUUUGCUGACAGAAAAAAAUCCAGAUUUGUUGACAGAAAAAAAUCCCGAUUUGUUGACAGAAAAAAAUCCAGAUUUGUUGACAGAAUAAAAUCCCGAUUUGUUGACAAAAAAAUCCCGAUUUGUUGACAGAAAAAAUCCAGAUUUCUUGACAGAAAAAAUCCCGAUUUGUUGACAGAAAAAUCCCGACAGAAAAAAAUCCCGAUUUGUUGAAAGAAAAAAUCCUGA